AUGAAUGAGUCACAUGAGGUGAGUACUGUAGCUAUUGAAAGGGUGUUUUGACAGUGUGUUUAGUCUAGUGUGUGUGUUUGUGUCUGCCUUGGCGGCCAGUGGGCCACUCCCCAGCCUGAUUGGGUCUAUAACCCCUGGGCAGCAUCCGUCUAGGAGCUUCCAUUCCAGUACCGACCAACAGAAAAACAUCCUGCUUCCCUUUGUUAUUGGACACAAAGCCUUUAGUUUCCAACUGGGCCCAGUCCAGACCACCUAAUCACAGGUAACCUGCUAACGACUUCCCAAGGACCACAGCUAGGCUAGGACGUGGAGGAACUCUUCAUUUAACUACCCACACACACGUCCUCCUCCUAUCCAGGCUAUCAAGGGGACUGCAGAGAGAGUUACUGUAGCAGCAGGACUGUUAAGUGUCUCAGAUGAGGCAUAGUGGAUAGUUUGCAGAAUGCUCUGCUCUUCAUCUUUAUUGUGUUAACACGAACCACAAUUUCACAUCUUGAAUUAAUAUUGAGGAAACCCCCAUCAGUAGCCAUAGGGUUUGUGUUUGUGUGUUUGUUCAAGCUUCUGGUGGCUGAGUAGCUCUUAAGGUUCAGAAGAGUUUGUGCAUGUGUUAUGACUACAUUUUGUGACAUUUGUUUGUUUUGGACUUUGGUGAGGUUUUCUUUCCGGCUGUUUGGGCACACAACAUUUUUUCUGGAGGCAAGCCGAAGUCGGUAGCCGAAGUCUAUGACUUGUUUUCAUGCACAUUUUUUUAUUGAGAAAUACUGUACCAAACAUCUUAGAUGUAAUAUUGCACGACUAAAAUCUCAGCAAAAUGUCAAAAUUAAUGAAAGAUUUAUUGAGUUAUCUUAGAUUAAUUUGGACUAUUUUGAGGAGGUAUAUACUGGCUAUGGCAUCUCCAUGGACAAACAGUACAAUUGCUGCUUUUUUCUCAUUUUUUAAGCGAAGGUCUUUUAAGGGAGUAUGUGAGCACACACGUUCGGUUCGGGCUAGCCUAGUUUGGCUAUUCACCAGCCGAACUGAAUCAUGCUGACACCUUUUAAAGCAUUUAAUGAGACUGAGUAGACUGGGAUCAGGGUUUAGUAGUAACAGAUUACAUGUAACGGGUUACGUCAUCCGAUUACAAAAAUGUAUUUGUUAAAAACUGUAAUCAAAUCACAUUUUAUUUGUCACAUACACGUGUUUAGCAGAUGUUAUAGCGGGUGUAGCGAAAUGCUUGUGCUUCUAGCUCCGACAGUGCAGUAAUAUUCUAACAAUUUCACAACACUUCUUCUUUAAGAGGCUCCUCUGUCCUCCACUCGUUACCUGUAUUAAUGGCACCUGUUUGAACUUGUUAUCAGUAUAAAAGACACAUGUCCACAACCUCAAACAGUCACACUCCAAACUCCACUAUGGCCAAGACCAAAGAGCUGUCAAAGGUCACCAGAAACAAAAUUGUAGACCUGCACCAGGCUGGGAAGACUGAAUCUGCAAUAGGUAAGCAGCUUGGUUUGAAGAAAUCAACUGUGGGAGCAAUUAUUAGGAAAUGGAAGACAUACAAGACCACUGAUAAUCUCCCUCGAUCUGGGGCUCCACGCAAGAUCUCACCCCGUGGGGUCAAAAUGAUCACAAGAACGGUGAGCAAAAAUCCCAGAACCACACGGGGGGACCUAGUGAAUGACCUGCAGAGAGCUGGGACCAAAGUAACAAAGCCUACCAUCAGUAACACACUAAGCCGCCAGGGACUCAAAUCCUGCAGUGCAGACGUGUCCCCCUGCUUAAGCCAGUACAUGUCCAGGCCCGUCUGAAGUUUGCUAGAGUACAUUUGGAUGAUCCAGAAGAGGAUUGGGAGAAUGUCAUAUGGUCAGAUGAAACCAAAAUAUAACCUUUUGGUAAAAACUCAACUCGUCAUGUUUGGAGGACAAAGAAUGCUGAGUUGCAUCCAAAGAACACCAUACCUACUGUGAAGCAUGGGGGUGGAAACAUCAUGCUUUGGGGCUGUUUUUCUGCAAAGGGACCAGGACGACUGAUCCGUGUAAAGGAAAGAAUGAAUGGGGCCAUGUAUCGUGAGAUUUUGAGUGAAAACCUCCUUCCAUCAGCAAGGGCAUUGAAGAUGAAACGUGGCUGGGUCUUUCAGCAUGACAGUGAUCCCAAACACACCGCCCGGGCAACGAAGGAGUGGCUUCGUAAGAAGCAUUUCAAGGUCCUGGAGUGGCCUAGCCAGUCUCCAGAUCUCAACCCCAUUGAAAAUCUUUGGAGGGAGUUGAAAGUCCGUGUUGCCCAGCGAUACCCAAUACACACAAAAAAGUAAGGAAUGGGAUUUAAGAAUAUAUACAUAUAUGGACAAGCAAUGACAGAGCGGCAUGGACUAAGAUACAGAAGCAUAUUAUAAAAUAGAAUGCAGUAUAUACAUAUGAGAUGAGUAGUGCAAGAUAUGUAAACAUUAUUAAAGUGACUAGUGUUCCAUUUCUUAAUGUGGCCAGUGAUUUCAAUAGGCAGCAGCAGCCUCUAAUGUGCUAGUGAUUGGUCCCAGCUUUGAUGCACCUGUACUGACCUCGCCUUCUGAAUGAUAGCGGGGUGAACAGGCAGUGGCUCGGGUGGUUGUGUCCUUGAUGAUCUUUUUGGCCUUCCUGUGACAUCGGGUGCUGUAUGUGUCUUGGAGGGCGGGUAGUUUGCCCCCGGUAAUGCGUUCGGCAGACCGCACCACCCUCUGGAGAGCCCUGCGGUUGUGGGCUGUGCAGUUGCCGUACCAGGCGGUGAUACAGCCCGACAGGAUGCUCUCAAUUGUGCAUCUGUAAAAGUUUGUGAGGGUUUUAGGUGAUAAGCCACAUUUCUUCAGCCUCCUGAGGUUGAAGAGGAUCUGUUGCGCCUUCUCCACCACACUGUCUGUGUGGGUGGACCAUUUCAGUUUGUCGGUGAUGUGUACGCCAAGGAACUUGAAGCUUUCCACCUUCUCCACUGCGGUCCCGUCGAUGUGGAUAGGGGGGUGCACCCUCUGCUGUUUCCUGAAGUCCACGAUCAUCUCCUUUGUUUUGUUGAUGUUGAGUGAGAGGUUAUUUUCCUGGCACCACACUCCCAGAGCCCUCACCUCCUCCCUGUAGGCGUUCUCAUCAUUGUUGGUAAUCAAGCCUACUACUGUUGUGUCGUCUGCAAACUUGAUGAUUGAGUUGGAGGCGGGCUUGGCCACGCAGUCAUGGGUGAACAGGGAGUACAGGAGGGGGCUGAGCACGCACCCUUGUGGGGCCCCAGUGUUGAGGAUCACAGAAGUGGAGAUGUUGUUUCCUACCUUCACCACCUGGGGGCGGCCCGUCAGGAAGUCCAGGACCCAGUUGCACAGGCGGGGUUCAGACCCAGGGCCUCGAGCUUAAUGAUGAGCUUGUAGGGUACUAUGGUGUUGAAUGCUGAGCUAUAGUCAAUGAAUAGCAUUCUUACAUAGGUAUUCCUCUUGUCCAGAUGGGAUAGGGCAGCAUGCAGUGUGAUGGCAAUUGUAUCGUCUGUGGAUCUAUUGGGGCGGUAAGCAAAUUGAAGUGGGUCUAGGGUGACAGUUAAGGUAGAGGUGAUAUGAUGCUUGACUAGUCUCUCAAAGCACUUCAUGAUGACAGAGUGGUGGCCCUCUUGAAGCAUGUGGGAACAGCAGACUGGGAAAGGGAGAGAUUUAAUAUGUCCAUGAACACACCAGCCAGCUGGUCCGCACAUGCUCUGAGGACGCGGCUAGGGAUGCCGUCGGGAGUUAACAUGCUUAAAUGUCUUAAUCACGUCGGCCAUGGAGAAGGAGAGGCCACAGUCCUUGGUAGUGGGCCUCGUCAGUGGCACUGUGUUAUCCUCAAAGCAGGCGAAGGUGUUUAGCUUGUCUGGAAGCGAGACGUCGGUGUCGGCGACGUGGCUGGUUUUAUUUUUGUAGUCCGUGAUUGUCUGUAGACCCUGCCACAUACGUCUCGUGUCUGAGCCGUUGAAUUGCGACUCCACUUUGUCUUUAUACUGAUGUUUUGCCUGUUUGAUUGCCUUGCGGAGGGAAUAACUACACUGUUUGUAUUCUGCCAUAUUCCCAGUCACCUUGCCAUGGUUGAAUGCGGUGGUUCGCGCUUUCAGAUUUGCGCUAAUGCUGCCGUCUAUCCACGGUUUCUGGUUAGGGUAGGUUUUAAUAGUCACAGUGGGCACAACAUCACCUAUACACUUCCUGAUAAACUCAGUCACUGUUUCAGUGUAUAUGUCUAAAUUAUUUUCGGAAGCUACCCGGAACAUAUCCCAGUCUGCGUGAUCAAAACAAUCUUGAAGCGUGUAUUCCGAUUGGUCAGACCAGUGUUGAAUAGUCCUUAGCACGGGUACUUCCUGUUUGAGUUUCUGCCUAUAGGAAGGUAGAAGCAAAAUGGAGUCGUGGUCAGAUUUGCCGAAAGGAGGGCCUUAUAACCAUCCCGGAAUUUUGAAUAGCAAUGGUCGAGGAUUUUAGCAGCGCGAGUACAACAGUCGAUAUGUUGAUAGAACUUCGGCAGCCUAGUCCUCAAAUUUGCUUUGUUAAAAUCCCCGGCUACAAUAAAUGCAGCUUCAGGAUAUGUGGUUUCCAGUUUGCAUAAUGUCCAGUGAAGUUCUUUGAGGGCUGUCGUGGUAUCGGCUUGAGGGGGGAUACACACGGCUGUGACUAUAACCAAAGACAAUUCUCUUGGGAGAUAAUAUGGUCGGCAUUUGAUUGUGAUCUAUUCUAGGUCGGGUGAACAGAAGGACACGAAUUCCUCUAUUAUUAUUAUUAUUAUUAUUAUUAUUAUUAUUAUUAUUAUUUUUAUUUUUUUGUCAUUUAGCAGAUGUUCUUAUCCAGAGCGACUUACAGUUAGUGAGUGCAUACAUUUUUCAUACUGGCCCCCCGUGGGAAUCGAACCCACAACACUGGCGUUGCAAGUGCCAUGCUCUACCAACUGAGCUACAGGAGGCCUCUAUGUUACUACAAUUACACCACGAGUCGUUAAUCAUGAAACACACACCUCCGCCCUUCUGCUUCCCAGAGAGAUAUUUAUUCCUGUCUUCGCGAUGAACUGAGAACCCAUCUGGCUGGACCGAUUUUGACAGAAUAUCCCAAGAGAGCCAUGUUUCCGUGAAACAGAGUAUGUUACCGGCCUUGAUGUCUCUCUUAAAAGAAAUCCUUGCCCGUAGUUCAUCGACUUUGUUAACUAAAGAUUGAACAUUAGCGAGUAGAAUACUUGGAAGUGGUGGGUGGUGUGCGCGCCUCCUAAGUCGAACCAGCAGGCCGCUCCGAGUGCCUCUCCUCCGCCGGCGAUGUUUUGGGUCAGCCGCUGGAAUCAGUUCAGUUGCCCUGGGGAGAGCAAACAAAGGAUCUGCCUCGGGAAAGUCGUAUUCCUGGUCGUAAUGCUGGUGAGUUACCGCCACUCUGAUAUCCAAUAGUUUUUCCCGGCUGUAUGUAAUGAUGCAAAACACGUUCUGAGCUAAUAAUGUAAAAAAUAAUACAUAAAAAAACUAAAUACUGCAAAGUUUCCUAAGAGCUAGUUGCGAGGCCGCCAUCUUCGUCAGCACCAGUUGACCCGGAUUACAAAAAAAAAGUGUAAUCAGGAUUAUUACAGUUAUAUUCUUUAAAAAAAAACUGAUUACAUUUAGGAUUACUUCCUCUAAUAUCAAUAAGAAAUGUUGAUAACACUGUCAGUAUUGCUGUUAUUUCACUCACCCUCAAGACUUCUCACAUGCUCUCAACUCGGCAAGAUUCUAUUAUCCAGCUGAUCGCCCAUCAAGUGUAGAUGGCUUCUUUUGUAUUCCAAUUGAUUGAAUGAAUAGGUAAACACUGUUUUGAACACUAUUAUUAAUGUUGAAAAGAAGAGGGUCCGAAGAUGUUUUUAUAUUGAGUGAAGGGCACUCACGUCUGCCAUUCAUGGUGAGUGCAUAGGCCAGGGAUCCUCAACUAGAUUCAGCCACGAGCCUAUUUUGUUUUCUGGAGCGAAUGGUCGGGUCCGUAACAUAGGGUGCAUUCAUAAAUUCACUCUACCUACUUCCAGACACACCUCACUCUGACCAUUUUACUCACCCUAGCAGAGCUGGUUAGGCUGUUUUCAUGUUAUCUAGAGCGUUGGUGACUGUCACUGUGCUGCUGGCAACAAUUUAAUAAAACAAUUUUGCCGACGUUUAGUGACACCGGUCAUAUUCAACGGGUGUUGUGCGUUUGUAAAUUCAUUAGUUAUUCUGCGCUCUGGCGCACUCCGACGAGAGUGCUGUAAAAUCCGAGUAGAUAGCCAGAGUGAAUUUACGAAUGCACCCAUAAUUACACAUAAUUUGUAGACUGGAAAUUGACCCAAACAGGUGGGAGACGGCAUUGUGGAGUGCAAUAGAGAUUGCGUCAUCUGUGUAUCUAUUAGGGCGGUAUGCAAAUUGGGGUGGGUCCAGGGUGUCUGGGAUGAUUUUAUUGAUGUGAGCCAUGACCAGCCUUUCAAAGCAUUUCAUGGCUACAGAUGUGAGUGAUAUGGGGCGAUAGUCAUUUAGACAGGUUACCUUGGCGGUCUUGGGCACAGGGACUAUGGUGGUCUGCUUGAAACAUGUAGGUCUGGGAGAGGUUGAACAUUUCUGUGAAGACACUUGCCAGCUGGUCAGCGCAUGCUCCGAGGAUACGUUCUGGCAAUACGUCCUGGUAUGUGGUCUGUUCAUUUGAAAUAUUCUGUCCUUGCAGUAGGUUGGUGUGUGUGCGUAUAUGUGUAACUGUGCGUGUGUGUUUUCAGGGAUUAUCUGGCUGACUGGCUGUGUGGUGGCUGUAAUCCAUCACAUCCCAGCCAGCCAGUGGGGCUUAACAGUGCUGGAGUUGCACUUAACAGAACUGUCACACACUUUCCUCUGGGUAAAUCCAUCUGAAUUCAAUCACUUUUUGACAGCACCCUUUUUGAUUUGAACAAAACCUUCCAUACAUAUUUGCCUAUUGUAGAAAUGAUCAGAAUGUACAUUUUUGGACCUGAAUGCCAAAACAUUCAAGAGAUAAAGGUCCUCAAAGUUGAACUAUUUUUCAUACCAUUCCAUGAGACAUCCAUGUCUUCAUCACUGGAAAAUAAAAAUGGUUGAGAUUGAUAUAUUUGAAAAGCUUACAAACAGGGUUGUCAAACUGUUUUAUAAUUUCUUGAAAAGUAACCUAUUGUCAUUUUUUUUUUUACUUUAAAGCGAAAAUUAUCUAAAAACAUGUAAACAUAUGUUGUAGCUUAGACCCUAUUUAAAUACUCUGAGGUUUUUGUGUUAUGCCCACCAUUGGUUGAGACACAACAUGCUCUUGAAUACAGGGUGGGUGUCAUGUUUUGGCUGAUAAAUGUACUAAAAUGGGAAUACAAUUAAAAUUUUGACUUUCAAAUGGUACCACAAAGAUGGUUGGAGGUCCACACAUCAGAGAAUGUUGACUUGAAUGGGAAUAUCUGUCGUUUUUAAAUUAUACUGUAAUCCUCCAUAGGAAACCUAUUGAAAUCAUAAAAAUAUAGAUCAUAGAAAACACAUGACCAUUUAAGUUGACAUUCGACGGUGGGUGGAUCGGCAGCCAUCUUUGUGGUGGUAGUUAGAAGUUAAGAUUUCAAUUCAAUUAACAUUUCAAUGGUGUACCAGCUAAAUUGCAGUGCUCUGAAGUGAUGGGUCCAUUCUAUAAUUUCUAUGAUUGAAAUGACUGUUUGUUUCAACCGAUGGCAGGCACAACAGAAAACUCUCAGAUGAUGUAAAGUAGGGUCUAAGCUACAACAUAUGCAAAUAUGAAGAAAACAAUCGUAGUUCACAAGUUUUUCGAUAAUUGACGUCAAAGUAAAAAAAAAAAGUCUUAGUUUUUAUUCAAAUGUUUAUUUUCAAGAAAUUGAUUAAAUAGUUUGAAAACCCUGUUUGUAAGCUUUGAAAUGAUAUCGAACUCAAACAUUUAUAUUUUCCAGUGAUGAAGACAUGGAUGUCUCAUGGUAUGGUGGGGUAUGCAACAUAGGUCAACUUUGAGCACCUUCAUCUCUUGAACGUUUUGGCAAAUAUGUAUGGAAUUUUGUUUAAAUCAAAAGGGAUGCCGUCAAAAAGUGAUUGAAUUCAAGUAGAUUUACCUCUGUCUCUCUCUGGAGUUUGGCUGCUAUAGGCUGUUUUCUCUUUGUCCUUGUUUUGGAACAGGCAAUUCUGUCUCCUCUUCUGCCUUGGUUAGGGUUGGACUCAGUGGCUUUGGUAAGGACUGUACCAUACUCUACAUAUCACACUGUACACAGUGAAACCACUGGAACAUAAGAGAGAGAACACACUCUAAGGCUGCAGAGGUCAAUCAGCCAAUGUCCAGUGCAGAUGUGAGCCUACUGAGCCCUGCCUGCACAUGCAUUAAUGAACAGCCCCAUUCUUCAUGACAUACUAAGGACAUUCUAAGGCCUGAGUGAGAACACGCAAUCUUCCUGAUCACACUCCAGGCUCACAUCAUAGUCUCACAGCAAGCUUUGUGGUUCUCUGUUAGCUCUGCUCAGUUGGUAUGGCACUUGCAAUGUCAGGAUAGUGGAUUCGAUUCCCGGGAUCAACCAUACGUAAAACAUGUAUGCACACAUUAUGUAAGUCGCUUUGGAUAAAAGUGUCUGCUAAAUGGCAUAUAUUAUUAUUAUUAUUAUAUAUUAGCAUAGUCUCACUGCCCAGUCUCAGGCUGUUGUCCAUGGCCCAUUGAGACGGUGGGGUGUCAGUCAGGGUAAGUCAGUGGCCGUGUCCGAAUACCCAUAGUAGUGUACAAAAUAGUAUGCGAAAAAAUAACAUUUUGUAUUAUGUGAAAUUGAGAAAAUAGUACUCCGAAUGCGUUGUCUAAUGCGCGAUUGCGUUGACUCCCGCCAUUUGUACAUUUUGGUACAGCGCGUCAAUUUAUCUGAUAAUCAGCUGUUUUCAAACACGUGAGUCGGAAAAGACGAGUGAAUUCCACUUGAUCAAACGGCGAAAUGAUUAGGCAGUUUAAGUAUGUAGUACGCUAGUACAGGUAUUCGGACACGGCCAGAGUGACGGUUGGACCGAGCCAGGGGAAACCUCAGUGGAGGAACAACCUCAGUAGAGAGGGCAGGAAGGAGACACUCUGCCAGGAGCCAGUUAUGAGACCGCUCAUCUGAACCAGAGAGAAAGAGGGAGAGGGAGAGAAAGAAGGAGCGAGGGAGACAUGCAACAGAGGAGUAAUGUAAGCCAAGCAUAAGGAGCUUUCACUUGGGAGAGAAAGAGGGAGAGCUGGAGCCAAGGCUUAGCGUCUGCCUGUUAACACCAGCUGGUGUAGUAUUGGUAGUGAUACUCCUCUACAGGGCAUCCUCAGGCUACAAGACAUAACUAACUACGCAUGUUCACACACUAACAUUCCCUCUAAUGCCCUUAAAAACCGAUUGUGUGUGUGCAUUUAACAGCUGGAUUUUUCCUUAACCUCUCAAGCCUGACUAGUACUGAAUGUAUGUGUAACUCUGUCACCUAGGUGUAAAGGAGUGAAAUGCAGUGGUGGAGGCAUUGAAACAUACUGUACAUUAAGCUCUACCCCGAUCUCCUGUACCCAGGGCUGUGCCUGUCUGUCUCACAUGCUGCAGAUGCACGUUCACCACAGCCCAAGCUGAUUAUCAUCCCCAACCCCAACUCUUUCUCCAGCCACAGUCACUGUCCCAUUCCCCUGGUCCUCUCUGGUCCCUGUGCGUCCGUUUGUCAGGACCUGCCCAGUACCUAGCCUGUUGUCUGUCUGUGUGCUGGGGCUGUGGAAUGCACAGACCGUCAAUGAUCAGGUAUAAAGGAAUGCAGUAUUACUAAACAGAGACAGGGAGACCUACUUUGAUUCUGCCGCAACAUGCACAAGUUGAUUGUUGAAUAGAUAUACAGUACCAGUCAAAAGUUUGGACACACUUACUCAUUCAAGGGUUUUUCUUUAUUUUUACUAUUUUCUACAUUGUAGAAUAAUAGUGAAGACAUCAAAACUAUGAAAUAACACAUAUGGAAUUAUGUAGUAACCAAAAAAGUGUUAAACAAAUCAAAAUAUAUUUGAGAUUUGAGAUUCUUCAAAGUAGCCACCCUUUGCCUUGAUGACAGCUUUGCACACUCUUGGCAUUCUCUCAACCAGCUUCAUGAGGUAGUCACCUGGAAUGCGUUUAAAUUAACAGGUGUGCCUGUUAAAAAUUUGUGGAAUUUCUUUCCUUCUUAAUGCGUUUGAGCCAAUCAGUUGUUUUGUGACAAGGUAGGGGUGGUAUACAGAAGAUAGCCAUAUUUGGCAAAAGACCAAGUCCAUAUUAUGGCAAGAACAGCUCAAAUAAGCAAAGAGAAACGACAGUCCAUCAUUACUUUAAGACAUGAAGGUCAGUCAAUGUGGAACAUUUCAAGAACUUUGAAAGUUUCUUUAAGUGCAGUCGCAAAAACCAUCAAGCGCUAUGAUGAAACUGGCUCUCAUGAGGACCGCCACAGGAAAGGAAGACCCAGAGUUACCUCUGCUGCAGAGGAUAAGUUCAUUAGAGGUACCAGCUUCAGAAAUUGCAGCCCAAAUAAAUGCUUCACAGAGUUCAAGUAACAGACACAUCUCAACAUCAACUGUUCAGAGGAGACUGUGUGAAUCAGGCCUUCAUGGUCGAAUUGCUGCAAAGAAACCACUAAAAAAGGACACCAAUAAGAAGAAGAGACUUUCUUGGGCUAAGAAAUACGAGCAAUGGACAUUAGACUGGUGGAAAUCUGUCCUUUGGUCUGAUGAGUCAAAAUUUGAGAUUUUUGGUUCCAACUGCGAUGUCUUUGUGAGACGCAGAGUAGGUGAAUGGAGGAUCUCCUCAUGUGUGGUUCCCACCGUGAAGCAUGGAGGAGGAGGUGUGAUGGUAUGGGGGUGCUUUGCUGGUGACACUGUCUGUCCAGGUGAAGCUGGUUGUGAGAAUACCAAGAGUGUGCAAAGCUGUCAUCAAGGCAAAGGGUGGCUACUUUGAAGAAUCUCAAAUCUGAAAUAUAUUUUGAUUUGUUUAACACGUUUUUGGUUACUACUUGAUUCCAUAUGAGUUAUUUCAUAGUUUUGAUAUAUUCACUAUUAUUCUACAAUGUAGAAAAUAGUAAAAAUAAAGAAAAACCCUUGAAUGAGUCAGUGUGUCCAAACUUUUGACUGGUACUGUACAAAGCUUGAACUAAUGAAUGCAGGUUGUCUGUGUGUGCUUUUGUAUCUAUGUAUUUCUCAGGGUCUUUGGGAGUGAGGGUUUGUUUGCUGUGUUGAGCUGUGCUGCCGGCUGGCUCGUUGGGAGUAGCGAAUGUGUUCAUUACAGCUCUUUGAUUUGUGCCGCGGGGCGGUUUGAGGAGCGUGCUGUGUCUGACACACCACAGGACCUCCAGAUGUUUCUGGAACACUCCUCACGAUGCCUGGGGUUGGUCUGGUGGCUAGGGAGAGGAAGUGAUGACCUCAGGGUCGUUCCAUGUCAUUUCAGCAAGCCACCCACAAUCUCAGAUUGUUCUGAAAUGGUUUCUGCAGUUAAGAUAAGCGUUCCUGCAACGUUAUGUUGUUGAAAUAAGCUAAUUGAUUGCACCCAAAUUGGGCCUUUUAAUUUAAUUUAAUUAAUAUUGACUAAAUAUAGUACCUAACAUCCAAUUUUCCAAACUUCAUCCUACCAAUGAGUAAGAUAAAAGGAAUCAAAAUAAAUGGUCAAAAGCCACCCAUGGACAUAGGGCUUGGCGAUAUAUGUUUUAGCACGAUAUUCCAAAUGUCUGUAUUUUUAUGAGCGUUUUUAGGAGUGUUUGUCUGCUUGUUCUCAUGUUGUCUGUUUGGUCUCGUCUCCUUCAUUCCUUCUGCUGUGACUGUGCACCUUCCCAUUUACACACACUAAGCUCCUCCCCCUGCCACUGAAAGAUCACUAACUCUCUGACAACAAGCGGUUUCAACUCACCAUUUGCAUUUGAGGUAUGGACACUUGAACACAUUGCGACAUUAUUUUAUCUGUAAUAGAGGGGAACCUCUCUAAUGAUACCUUUUUUAUGUCUGAACUCCUCAAAUUGCACGAAGAGCAGACCCUACUAAAACGGGAGUAUCAAUUAACAUUGAUUCUGUAAAACAAAUGCUCAGUUUCUGUCGCACGCGGCAUUGUGGUACAAUGUACCGCUAGCAGCAUUUUAGCCACAGACUGUUAUACUAGCUGUCUAGUCUGUAUUUUAUAAAUGUGCAAUGAGAAUAAAAUAAAAAAACUCAUUCUGAGAAGUAAGGUAGGCCACUUGAUUUCAACAUCUGAACAAAGUGGACAGGCUAGCAUGCUGUUCAAACAGUUGGAGAUUGACAGAAGGUUCAUAACAAUUCAACUGUUCUACCUUGUUAGCUAGCAAAUAUAACCAAGUUGGCUAGAUUUUAAAUAUAAAGAUUAGCUGGCUACUCACUAGCAUGUAGGCUUGUACUUGAGAAAUUGUUUGAGACCUGUUUUAGAUUUCUAUAAUGCCUGCUACCAGAAGUUGGUCAUGAUUAGUGAAUGUGCAUUAUGCAUGGUUCUGGCUUAAUUUGUAACAAAAAGGGCAUUUUCAUAGACAUACUUGAAAGCCAGAUCAGUGAUAAUUGAAAGAAAAAUGCAGGUUAAAUGAUUUUGAUAAAAUAAUGUAAUUAUUAGUGGGUCUUAUGAUUUUGUGCGGUUUAUAUUUAGCCUAGGUAUAAUUUUACAAGCCCUGAAUUCAUUAGCUUAUUGCUAACUGUUUGAAAUGCAGAUUACCUUUAAUUGUACAAUAGAAAACAUUUAAAAAAAUCAAGAUACAGUGCCUUCGGAAAGUAUUCAGACCCUUUGACUUUUCCACAUUUUGUUACAUUACAGCCUUAUUCUAAAAUUGAUUAAAUUGUUUUUUCCCCUCAUCAAUCUACACACAAUAUCCCAUAAUGACAAAGAAAAAACAGCAUCGAGUCUUCUUGGGUAUGACGCUACAAGCUUGACACACCUGUAUUUGGGGAGUUUCUCCCAUUCUCUGCAGAUCCUCUCAAGCUCUGUCAGGUUGGAUGGGGAGCGUUUCUGCACAGCUAUUUUCAGGCUCUCCAGCGAUGUUUGAUUGGGUUGAAGUCCGUGCUCUGGCUGGGCCACUCGAGGACAUUCAGAGACUUGUCCCAAAGGCACUCCUGCGUUGUCUUGGCUGUGUGCUUAGGGUCGUUGUCCUUUUGGAAGGUGCACCUUCACCCCAGUCUGAGGUCCUGAGUAUUCUGGAGCAGGUUUUCAUCAAGGAUCUCUCUGGACUUUGCUUUGUUCAUCUUUGCCUCGAAUAGUCUCCCAGUCCCUGUUGCUAAAAAACAUCCCCACAGCAUGAUGCUGCCACCACCAUGCUUCACCAUAGGGAUGGUGCCAGGUUUCCUCCAGAUGUGACGAUUGGCAUUCAGGCCAAAGAGCUCAAUCUUGGUUUCAUCAGACCAGAGAAUCUUGUUUCUCAUGGUCUGAGAGUCUUUAGGUGCCUUUUGGCAAACUCCUAGAGGGCUGUCAUGUGCCUUUUACUGAGGAGUGGCUUCUGUCUGGCCACUCUACCAUAAAGGCCAGAUUGUUGGAGUUCUGCAGAGAUGGUUGUCCUUCUGGAAGUUUCUUCCAUCUCCAUCUCCACAGAGGAACUCUAGAGCUCUGUCAGAGUGACCAUCAGGUUCUUGGUCACCUCCCUGACCAAGGCCCUUCUCCCCCGAUUGCUCAGUUUGGCCGGGCGGCCAGCUCUAGGAGGAGUCUUGGUGGUUCCGAACAACUUCCAUUUAAAAAUGAUGGAGGCCACUGUAUUCUUGGGGACCUUCAAUGCUACAUAAUUUUUUUGGUACCCUUCCCCAGAUCUGUGCCUCGACACAAUCCUGUCUCGUAGCUCUAUGGACAAUUCCUUCAACCUCAUGGCUUGGUUUUUGCUCUGACAUGCACUGUCAACUGUGGGACCUUAUUUAGACAGUUGUGUGCCUUUCCAAAUCAUGUCCAAUCAAUUGAAUUUACCACAGGUGGACUCCAAUCAAGUUGUAGAAACAUCUCAAGGAUGAUCAAUGGAAACAGGAUGCACCUGAGCUCAAUUUUGAGUCUCAUAGCAAAGGGUCUGAAUACUUAUCUAAAUAAGGUGUUUCUGUUUUUUUAUUUUAAUACAUUUGCAAAAAUGUCUAAAAACCUGUUUUCGCUAUGUCAAUAUGGGGUAUUGUGUGCAGAUUGCUGAGGAUGUUUUAUUUAUUGAAUCCAUUUUAGAAUAAGGCUGUAACUUAACAAAAUGUGGGAAAAGGGAAGGCGUCUGAAUACUUUCCGAAGGCACUGUGUAUAUCGUGAAUCGCCCAUAAGUUUAAAAAUAUUUAGAUUAUUUUUAGGUCAUAUCGCCCAGCCCUAAAUGGACUCCCACACCCCACACCCAUCCCACCCCAACAGGAAGCAUACAGUAUCAGUUCUCUAUGUCUUACAAGUAGUAUGAAGCUGCAGCUAGGAGUAUUGUUUCUUCAUACUAUGUAAUCUAUUCUCAGUGAUUUUGAUGAUUGGUUAUUUUUCCUUGUUCAGAGAAAUGUAUCAGUGAAGUUGUUAGGUUUAUGUACCAUCAUACAACCUGAUAUUACCUGGUUCUGACCUCUAGAUGGUUCCUGCUAUUAGUUGAAAAAUAUGUGAAAAUUAUGAGUACUGAAUUAGAAUUGCCGAUGCUGUGGAUGAUGAAAGACAUGGACGUAAAGGUAAAAUUCAAGUAUCCAUGUUAUCCAGUAAGAUCAUUUUCUUGGCCAAACAGAGAGGAUGCAUAUUAUGUACCAAAAACAAGCAUAAUUUUGCACCAUUUAAGUCACCAACCACUUUAACUGGUCACCAAUAUCAUUUGGGAUGUAGCGACAUCACUGCAAUAGAUGCACUAAAGAAAGAAAGUGAAAUAAUUAAAUAAGGAAUGCGUAGUCCUCAAUGCUGUUUUCUGUUUUCAUGUGAUUUUCUUUUAUGUAUUUGGGCAUAUACAUUGUUCUAACGAACUCUUCACUCUACAUUUAUAUGUCAUUAUCAUUUGAAGGUUCAGUCUUGAAUUAACAUUGAGGGGGGGAAUUAUUCACACUUUUUUCAACUAAUAGCAGGAACAUCAUCAUCUAUUGGUCAGAACUUGGUAAUAUCAGGUUGUAUGAUAGUACAUAAACAACUUAAAUUACUAAUUUAUCUUAACAGGGAAAGUAACCAUCACCAAUUUCACUGAGAAUACAUUACAUAGUAUGAAUAAACAAUACUCCUAGCCGCAACUUAAUACUACUUGUCACACAUAGAGAACUAAUACUGUAUACUGGCUGUUGGGGUGGGCUUGGUGUGGGGUGUGGGUGGCUUUUGACCAUUUAUUUAUUAUUUGGAUUCCUCACAUCUCAAUCAUUGUUAAGAAAAGUUUUGCUCCAAAUUGGAUGUUGGGUGCUAUAUUUAUUUACACUGAACAAAAAUAUCAACGCAACAUGCAACAAUUUCAAGUUACAGUUCAUAUAAGGAAAUCAGUCAAUUGAAAUAAGUUAAUUAGGCCCUAAUCUAUGGAUUUCACAUGACUGGGAAUACAUAGUGAGGGAAAAAAGUAUUUGAUCCCCUGCUGAUUUUGUAUGUUUGCCCACUGACAAAGACAUGAUCAGUCUAUAAUUUUAAUGGUAGGUUUAUUUGAACAGUGAGAGACAGAAUAACAACAAAAAAAUCCAGAAAAACACAUGUCAAAAUUGUUAUAAAUUGAUCUGCAUUUUAAUGAGGGAAAUAAGUAUUUGACCCCUCUGUAAAACAUGACUUAGUACUUGGUGGCAAAACCCUUGUUGGCUAUCAGAGGUCAGACGUUUCUUGGAGUUGGCCACCAGGUUUGCACACAUCUCAGGAGGGAUUUUGUUCCACUCCUCUUUGCAGAUCUUCUCCAAGUCAUUAAGGUUUUGAGGCUGACGUUUGGCAACUCGAACCUUCAGCUCCCUCCACAGAUUUUUUAUGGGAUUAAGGUCUGGAGACUGGCUAGGCCACUCCAGGACCUUAAUGUGCUUCUUCUUGAGCCACUCCUUUGUUGCCUUGGCCGUGUGUUUUGGGUCAUUGUCAUGGAAAUACCCAUCCACGACCCAUUUUCAAUGCCCUGGCUGAGGGAAGGAGGUUCUCACCCAAUAUUUGACGGUACAUGGCCCCGUCCAUCGUCCCUUUGAUGCGGUGAAUUUGUCCUGUCCCCUUAGCAGAAAAACACCCCCAAAGCAUAAUGUUUCCACCUCCAUGUUUGACGCUGGGGAUGGUGUUCUUGGGGUCAUAGGCAGCAUUCCUCCUCCUCCAAACACGUUGAGUUGACGCCAAAGAGCUCGAUUCUGGUCUCAUCUGACCACAACACUUUCACCCAGUUCUCCUCUGAAUCAUUCAGAUGUUCAUUGGCAAACUUCAGGCGGGCCUGUAUAUGUGCUUUCUUGAGCAGGGGGACCUUGGGGGCGCUGCAGGAUUUCAGUCCUUCACGGCGUAGUGUGUUACCAAUUGUUUUCUUGGUGACUAUGGUCCCAGCUGCCUUGAGAUCAUUGACAAGAUCCUCCCGUGUAGUUCUGGGUUGAUUCCUCACCGUUCUCAUGAUCAUUGCAACUCCACGAGGUGAGAUCUUGCAUGGAGCCCCAUGCCGAGGGAGAUUGACAGGUCUUUUGUGUUUCUUCCAUUUGCGAAUAAUCGCACCAACUGUUGUCACCUUCUCACCAAGCUGCUUGGCGAUGGUCUUGUAGCCCAUUCCAGCCUUGUGUAGAUCUACAAUCUUGUCCCUGACAUCCUUGGAGAGCUCUUUGGUCUUGGCCAUGAUGGAGAGUUUGGAAUCUGAUUGAUUGAUUGCUUCUGUGGACAGGUGUCUUUUAUACAGGUAACAAGCUGAGAUUAGGAGCACUCCCUUUUGCGUCUCUGCGCUGCAUGGCAUUUCUUCUGCGCGGCAGUCCUGGAGGAAGUGCGCAUGCAUUUUAAAGGGAACAUUGCUAAUCUCAGCUCGUUACCUGUAUAAAAGACACCUGGGAGCCAGAAAUCUUUCUGAUUGAGAGGGGGUCAAAUACUUAUUUCCCUCAUUAAAAUGGAAAUCAAUUUCUAAGAUUUUUGACAUGUGUUGUUCUGAUUUUUUUUUUUUGUUAUUCUGUCUCUCACGGUUCAAAUAAACCUACCAUUAAAAUUAUAGACUGAUCAUUUCUUUGUCAGUGGGCAAACGUACAAAAUCAGCAGGGGAUCAAAUACUUUUUUGCCUCACUGUAUAUGCAUCUGUUGGUCACAGAUACAGUACCUAAAAAGGUAGGGGCGUGGAUCAGAAAACCAGUCAGUAUCUGGUGUGACCACAAUUUGCCUCAUGCAGCGCAACACAUCUCCUUCACAUAGAGUUGAUCAGGCUGUUGAUUGUGGCCUGUGGAAUGUUGUCCCACUCCUCUUCAAGGGCUGUGCGAAGUUGCUGUAUAUUGGCGUGAACUGGAACACGCUGUCGUACACGUCGAUCCAGAGCAUCCCAAACAUGCUCAAUGGGUGACAUGUCGGGUGAGCAAUGUUCCCUUUAAACUGCAUGCGCACUUCCUCCAGGACUGCCAUGCCAUGCAGCGCAGAGACGCAAGAGAUUGAACUUCACUGAGUUUGUCCCAUUAGUUUGCACUACAGUGCAUUCGGAAAGUAUUCAGACCCCUUUUUCCACAUUUUAUUACGUUACAGCCUUAUUCUAAAAUUUAUUAAAUAAAAAAAAUUUUCCUCAUCAAUCUACACAAAGCGAAAACAGGUUAUUAGAAAUUUUAGCAAAUGUAUUAAAAAUUAAAAACGGAAAUUCCUUAUUUACAUAAGUAUUCAGACCCUUUGCUAUGAGACUCAAAAAUGAGCUCAGCUGCAACCUGUUUCCAUUGAUCAUCCUUGAGAUGUUUCUACAAGUUGAUUGGAGUCCACCUGUGGUAAAUUCAAUUGAUUGGACAUGAUUUGGAAAGACACACACCUGUCUAUAUAAUGUCCCACAGUUCACAGUGCAUGUCAGAGCAAAAACCAAGCCAUGAGGUCAAAGGAAUUGUCCGUAGAGCUCCGAGACUACACGAUUGUGUCGAGGCAUAGAUCUGGGGAAGUGUACCAGAACAUUUCUGCAGCAUUGAAGGUCCCCAAGAACACUUUCCUCCAUCAUUCUUAAAUGGAAGAAUAUACAGUGCAUUUGGAAAGUACCCCUUGACCUUUUACACAUUUUGUUACAUUACAGCCUUAUUCUAAAAUGUAUUUUUUUUUUAUUCCCUCAUCAGUCUACACACAAUACCCCAUAAUGACAAAGCAAAAACAGGUUUUUAGUUUUUUUUUGUAAUUUAUAAAAAAUACAAAACUGAAAUAUUACAUUUACAUACAGAACCAGUCAAAAGUUUGGACACACCUACUCAUUCAAGGGUUUUUCUUUACUUUGACUAUUUUCUACAUUGUAGAAUAAUAGUGAAGACAUCAAAACUAUGAAAUAACAAAUAUGGAAUCAUGUAGUAACCAAAAAGUGUUAAACAAAUCAAAAUAUAUUCAACAUUCUACAAUGUAGAAAAUAGUAAAAAUAAUGGAAUGAGUAGGUGUGUCCAAACUUUUGAAUGGUACUGUAAGUGUUCAGACCAUUUACUCAUUACUUUGUUGAAGCACCUUUGGCAGCGAUUACAGCCUUAAGUCUUCUUGGGUAUGCCGCUACAAGCUUGGCACACCUUUGUUUGGGGAAUUUCUCCCAUUCUUCUCUGCAGAUCCUCUCAAGCUCUGUCAGGUUGGAUGAGGAGCGUCGCUACACAGCUAUUUUCAGGUCUCUCCAGAGAUGUUCGAUCGGGUUCAAGUCUGGGCUCUGGCUGGGCCACUCAAAGACAUUGAGACUUGUCCUGGAGCCACUCCUGCGUUGUCUUGGCUGUGUGCUUCGGUUCGUUGUCCUGUUGGAAUGCACUGUAUGUCUUAAUUAAAGGGCAGUGUUGUAUUUUGAGCAAAUAGUCAGAGGGGUAGCCUAUGUUGUCUAAUUCUCUGUAUGAUAAUAGUAAUUGAUUUUAUUUUGUAAAGUGGUUUCUUCCAUCAUACAACACAGAACAAUGCAAUUUACAGUCACCUAUUUGGCCCAUGGUGUUACAGAUCAAGUAAAAAAUCAGGAAUUAAUGUAAAUCCCUUCAUAAUGUAAAAAACAUUUUUUUAAGUCUCGUGAAAUGUAGGCCUGCAUUGAACACUACAUAUAGGCUACUGUAGGCUAUAUCAUAGAAAUGUCUAUUUGUAAAUGUUAUGGGAUUUGCUCCAUUGGUUUUGUUGGUAGGCCUACAUAAAUAGCCAAAAUAGCCUAUUGGCUACUGUCUAAAACUGUAAGGGUACAGCCUCAGUGUUUCCUGUAAAUGCACGCCGGAAGUUGCACAAAAUUCUCACAACAUUCAAGUUUCCUCUCACAAGACAUAACAUUUGCUCAGUGGGCCAAAAAUUAGAGGGAACAUUGCUGGUGAGUAUGCAGGCCACAGAAGAACUGUGACAUUUUCAGCAUCCAGGAAUUGUGUACAGAUCCUUGCGACAUGGGGCCGUGCAUUAUCAUGCUGAAACACGAGGUGUUGGCGGUGGAUGAAUGGCAAGACAAUGGGCCUCAGGAUCUCGUCACGGUAUCUCUGUGCAUUCAAAUUGCCAUUGAUAAAAUGCAGUUGUGUUCGUAGCUUUAUGCCUGCCGUUUACAUUUUAGUCAUUUAGCAGACUCUUAUCCAGAGCGACUAACAGUAGUGAGUGCAUACAUUUUCAUACUUUUUUCAUACUAGUCCUCCUUGGGAAUCGAUCCCACAACCCUGGCGCCAUGCUACAUGGGACUACAGCUGCUUGAUAUGCCACACCUGUCAGAUGGAUGGAUUAUUUUGGCAAAUUAGAGAUAUUCACAAACAGAUUUGUGCACAACAUUUGAGAGAAAUAAGCUUUUUGUGCUUUUAUUUCAGCUCAUGAAACAUUGCACCAACACACAUUAAAUGUUGCAUUUAUAUUUUUGUUCAGUAUAAUAUAUGAAUCCUAUGAAUUGAAAUGGCUAAUUUGGGUGCAAUCAAUUAGCUUAAUUUCUCAGAGUUCAAAUAGUCUUUCAACAAAAUAAUGUUGCAGGAGUGGCUAUCUCAUCUGAUUCUAACUAAAUAAAGGAUUUCAGAGCAAUCUGAGAUGGUGGGUGUCAAAAUCCUCUUUCUUGUGCUUUUUGAGGUGGAACCACCCCUCAGCCAAGCCAUGUUUCCACGGUGACGGAUGUUUCCGAGGUCUUCGAUGCAAAAACAAAUAGGCCUGACUCAUCGUACUGGCUGUACAUCACAUCCUCCAUGUGUCUGUCUCUGGUGAUCUCGGUUGGAAUUUGGUCUCAACAGACAAAAUCAAUAUCUCACUUCAGUAACUGUCCUAGCAUCUCUCAACCACUAAACUGUCCCUGGACCAGUUGCUAAGGGCAAAGCCUAACAAACAUCCAUCAACGACUGAGUGAUUGAUUGAUUGAUGGUGAAUGGUCGUGCAACUGGUGUGUGUGUGUAUGUGUGCGCGUGCGUGUGCACUCUGCUCAGUCCAUCUGCACAGCGGCAGAGCACAGUCUUCCAAAAUGAGAAGAGCAGGUGUGUGUGUGUGUGUGUGCCUGUCUGUGUUAGUGUUGUCACGAUACCAACAUUUUGACUUUGAUACUGAUAUACUGACUGAUCUUGGCUUGGUUGGCUUUGCUGUGGCGUGACAUCACUGUUGAACGGCUACAGUCAUUGCAUCACAUGUUCCAUAGCUGAGUGGACUGGGACGGACAGGCUACUUGACUCGUUCGGAUUAGAGACGAGUGUUUUUAAUAGGCCAGCCUUUUGUUUUCUUCUCCUCCAACCCCUCGCUUCCCCCUCUCCAUCCUCCCUCUCUCUCCCUCCCUCCCUCCUCUCCGUCUCUCUCUCUGUAGGAGUUUGCUGCGCCCCCUCCCCUGUUGUUCAGGAAGUUGAGUAACCCUGACUUGUCCCCCGCCGCCAACAAUACCAAACUACACCGACAGCCCAGCCAGAAUGAUGGCCGCACACGCCGUAGCAGUAUGGCUAGGACCGGUAAGAGAAACACACACACAAUCAUGAGUCCAUGCGAAAGCACUCCAGAAGCUCCACUUUUCUGUCAUUCUGCUGUCAGAUCUAGUUGAGCUGUUGUCCCCCCCACCAGGUAAGCAGCGUCUGCCCCUGUCCAGCAGUAUGCACAGUGGGGUGAGUCAGCUAGCCUGGCAUCCUCCUGUAGAACCCCCCAACAAUCUGGUCCGCAUGAGGAACCAGUCCCUGGGCCAGUCUGCACCAUCACUCACUGCAGGACUGGUGAGUACACUACAAAUACAGACAGACAGA